CGGACUUUGUGCCACCACAGAAGAAGAACAAAGCGCGGAAGAGCGGAGAAACAGAAGCUCGCUGUUAGUGUCGGCUGGAAAGUCAGUAAAACAUGUUGCCUUUGAUUUCAGUCGCGUUGAGAGGUGCAGGAAGGAAUAAGGUUUCCUCUGCAGUGCUCUCCAGCCGCUUCUACGCCAGCUUCACUCCUCAGGCCUCGUUUGACAUCAAGCCAUGUGACCUUCACCGGCUGGAUCAGGGUCCUCCGACACAAGCCGUGCUCACUCGAGAGGAGGGGCUGAAUUACUAUCGCACCAUGCAGCUCAUGAGACGCAUGGAGCUGAAAGCGGAUCAGCUGUACAAACAGAAGAUCGUCCGAGGCUUCUGCCACCUCUACGAUGGACAGGAGGCUUGUGCAGUGGGCAUUGAAGCCGCAAUCAACCUCACCGACCACCUGAUCACAGCGUACCGAGCUCAUGGGUACACUUACACCAGAGGAGUGUCUGUCAAGGAGAUCCUGGCUGAGCUCACAGGUCGAAAGGGUGGCGUUGCUAAAGGCAAAGGAGGCUCCAUGCACAUGUACACAAAGAAUUUCUACGGUGGAAACGGCAUUGUGGGAGCUCAGGUUCCUCUCGGGGCCGGAGUGGCCCUCGCCUGUAAGUACCAGGGCAAUAACCAGGUGUGUGUCACGCUCUAUGGGGACGGAGCUGCGAACCAGGGGCAGAUCUUUGAGACAUACAACAUGGCGGCGCUGUGGAAGCUGCCGUGCAUCUUCAUCUGCGAGAACAAUAGAUACGGCAUGGGCACGGCAGUGGAGCGAGCCGCCGCCAGCACGGAUUACUACAAGCGAGGGGAAUUCAUUCCUGGACUGAGGGUGGAUGGCAUGGACGUGCUUUGCGUCAGGGAGGCUACCAGGUUCGCUGCAGACUACUGCAGAUCCGGAAAGGGUCCAAUUCUUAUGGAGCUUCAGACCUAUCGUUACCAUGGACACAGCAUGAGUGAUCCAGGAAUCAGUUAUCGGACACGUGAGGAGAUCCAGGAAGUGCGCAGCAAGAGUGACCCAAUCACCAUGCUGAAGGACCGACUAAUUAACAACAACAUGGCCAGUGUGGAGGAAAUUAAGGAGAUCGACGUGGAUGUGCGUAAGGAGGUGGAGGAAGCGACGCAGUUUGCCACGUCCGACCCCGAGCCCCCGCUGGAGGACCUGUGUAACUAUCUCUACCACAACGAGCCGCCCAUCGAGGUGAGAGGCACAAACCCCUGGUCCAAGCUCCGCUCCUCCAGCUGAACAGCAGCAGCUCCACAGAGAGCACCGCCACGCUGACGCCGCAGCCGCGAUCUCCAAACUGAUGCUGAGCUCAAAACGCACAUGUGCCAGAGAUCUCGUUCACUACAUCAUCAUCAUCAUCAUGUGGUUUCCUUAUACACUUCUGAAAUGUCAGCUGUUACGUACUUUAUUACAUAAUUCUGUUACGUAAUUUAAUUCUAUUGCUUCGUUUUUCAAAAAAAAUGCUUUUCAUCUGUUGAAAAAUAAAUUUCUUUUUUCCUUUUCCUGAUUGCAAAAUACUGCGAAUAAAAAAUGUAUCUAUAUCUACAAAAGUACAAAAUGAGCGCUGUGUUGGGUCAGAGCCCCAGUUUUACAAAGUCCUUUAAACAGUUUAUACGCAGGCAACAGCUUCCAGCUGCAUUUGUGGUUUUGUGUUUAAUGUUAUAUUUUGUGCCUUUUAAAUAUACCUUUUAGUUGUUGUUUUUUUUUUGUGGGGGGGGUCUUUAGAUAUCCCUCUUCUAUUUUUUUUUUUUAAAGUCUUGUUUCACAAAUUUCACUUUAUUUGAAAUGCCUCAUUUUGUGCUUUUGUUUGUUUUCAUUAUAUUUAAUCCCCCCCAGGCAGUUCUGAUUUUUUUUAUUUUUUUUUUAUUUCCCUUUCCUUUCCCCACCCUUGGGUUGAUUUUUGUUUCACAUAAUUAAUAAAUAUAAUUUUUGAAUCCCUUUUAAGAACACAACCCGGUCUUUCUUCUUUGCAUGAUCAUUAAAACGAGGAACCCUUGUGAUCUUAUAACUGAAUAACACAACCUUCUUCCUAAAUCAGCGACUUUUCCGAAUGAUAAAUUUCCCCACAGUGUUGAGACUGUGGAGUUUCACAAAUACUGCACUUUACACUGCGAUCCAAACGACUCCUGCUGUUAAAACGCAGAGUAUCAGCCUGUACGUGUGUGUUUUCGCUCUGUGUAUGACAUUUUAUUUUCUUUAUGAUAGACCCAGCUGGGGUGCAGUCAAUCGGAGGCAGAGGUUUAUCUGUCAGUGAUGUGUCAGUGAUGUGUCAGCUAUUAUAAACAGGAUUAAAAUGCACUUCUUUGCUUAUUUUCUGUCUGGAGUUGGUUUUGCUUUCAGGUCUCACCAUCUGCUGAUUGUGAAAAUCCUGUCGUUUAUUAACUCGGAGCAGGGUGUAGACUGCUGGAACUGUACUGUAAUAAAUAAACGUGAGCGAUUUGUACUAUAA